AUGCGGCCAGCUUCAAUUCAUUCUCGGUCUUCGUCUUCGUCGUCUUCUUCAGCAUUUUCAUUUGGAAAUGAAGAAAAACCUAUAAGCCCGUCAGGCAGCUCAGGGAGCUCAGCAUUUUUUUCUAAGCUAACCAGUACAGUCAGAGAUACUCGAUCAAAAGUAGAAGCUAAAAAAACAGAGCUCAAUGCAACGAUGCAGGAAAAGCUUCCCGAGUGGAAAUCUCGCAGCGUAAUGUACGGAAACAUCGCACGAGAGACUGGCAUUGAGUGGGGAAGGCGAGGAAAAGUAGCUGUAGAGCGAUGGAAGAAAGAACCUCUUACUUCGCCAUCUACACCUCAUCUUGAACAUUCCGUGUUUGGUUUAUCCCUAUCUCUGGCGGUAUCACGAACUCGGAUAGAUCCAGAAGACCCUGUGCCAGCUGUGUUUCGGCGGUGUGUGGAAUAUGUUGAUAAACACGGUAUUAUGGAAGUUGGGAUUUAUAGAAUAUCCGGAAGUACAAGUACUGUGAAUGGUCUGCGGACUCUAUUUGAGGAUGGUUCUGAUGUUGAUUUGGAAGUAACACAGCCAGACCCCCAUGCAGUAGGAGCAUUGUUAAAGAUGUACUUGAGAGAAUUGCCUGAUCCUAUUAUACCGACUGACUUGGCACACGAAUACAGUCAGGUUAUCUCAGAAGCCAUCCGGACACAAGAGGAUGUUGGAAAAGAUACAUUGUCUCUUACUCCUGCGCUCUUAAAGACAAUGCGAAAUAUGACGGCAUCACUUCCCCGAGAUAGUUUUCAUCUCUUGCGGCUUUUGUGUGCACACUUGAGACGGAUCUCGGCGCAGGCAGCCACGAACCGAAUGACGACGUCCAAUCUGGCUCUCAUUUUCAUUCCCACCCUGGGUAUUGGGCGUCAUUUAUUUUAUUGCAUGGUUGAAAACCCUAGCCUUUGGGAUACAUCAUCCUCAGAAAUACCACCAACUCCAUCAACUCCACCAACUCCAUCUUCUCCAUCAACACCGGCUGGUCCGGUUCUUACCCCUCCUCCACUCCCUCAAAAACCCCUUCACAUCAAACUCCACUGCUCUCCCUCCGCUACCACUAAACCGUUGCCGAUUUCCACAAAUCCACCACCCAAGCCAAGUCGCUCUCCUCACCACACUAAGAAGGGAUCACCUCCAAUCUCAUGCUCACCCCCCGAUCGCGUCUGGAAACGUACACAUGGUACCAAGGUGAACGCAAUAGGUCGUCAAUUUGAAACGUUGAUGCACAAUUAA